CUGAUAAGGGAUGAUAGGGGUGAUGGGGAUGAAGAGGGUGAUGGGGAUGAAGGGGGUGAUGGAGAUGAUGGAAAUGAUUGGUGUGAUGGGGAUGAUGGAGAUGAUGGGGAUGAAGGGGGUGAUGGGGAUGAUGGGGAUGAUGGGGGUGAUGGGGAUGAUGGGGGUGAUGUGGAUGUGGGGGUGGGUGAUGGGGAUAAAGCGUGUGAUGGGGAUGAUGUGGAUGAUGUGGAUGAUGGAGAUGAUAAUGAUGAUGGGGAUGAUGGGUGUGAUGGAGAUGAUGGGGAUGAGGGUGGUGAUGUGGAUGAUGGAGACGAUGGGGAUGAUGUGGAUGAUGUGGAUGAUGGAGAUGAUGAAUAUGAUGGGGGUGAUGGCGAUGAUGGAGAUGAUGGGGGGGGUGAUGGAGAUGAUGGAGGUGAUGGGGAUGACGUGGAUGAAGGGUGUGAUGGGGAUGAUGGAGAUGAUGGGAAUGAAGGGGGUGAUAGGGCUGAUGGGGAUGUGGAGAUGAUGGUGAUGAAGGGAGUGAUGGGGAUGAUGGUUGUAAUGGGGAUUAUGGAGAUGAUGGAGAUGAUGGAUUUGAUGGGGAUGAUGAUGAUGAUGGAGAUGAUGGAGAUGAUGGAUGAUGGGUGA